AGCGAGAUGAAUAUAUGUUCUGUUUAUUCUGACUCUCGACGGCCACGUUCAUUCUGUAUUUCGCCCAGUAUGCCCUCUAUACGCAUUCGGGCAGUUUAAUGCAAUCUUUAUUGACCUGUUGCUUAAUGCGACCUUGUUUAUUUUAUCGCAGGCCCCCCGCAGACUGCAGAAAGGAAGGCCGGGCGCCAAGCACACGCCUGAUGCAAAUGCCGGUUCUACGAGCAUCGAACGAGAUCAUUGUCCAGCCGUCGCGAGGAUCGAAAACUGGAACGCAACACGGCUGUCGCUAGGAAAACACAUCGACUGAUUCGGUGAACUUUAGGAGAAGAAGAAGAAGAAGGAAAAAAGGAGAGAGAGAAGAGAGUACACAAACACUACCCGCAGACCAAUGUUUGGCAUGCCUCCUGCGUACUCUCGGUGGACCCUAACCACCUCGCUUCUGGUGUAGGUAAACGCCAUCGCCAGCGACGCCAGCGCCUCGCAGCGUCAUCGCCGGCAACGAGGAGGACGUGCUUGGCAGUGGUAUAGAACACGUCGUGUUUACACGCAGCCACACAUCAUUCCCCCGAGCAUAUACGUUUCGGUGCAGUAGGGAGGGGUGGAACAAACCAAACAGGCGAGCAAAGUUGAACAAAGCAAACAAAGCAAACUCCGGGAUUCCAGAAACGAGAUUAUUCGGCGAGGCAAAGCUUCAGAGUGUAGGUGCUCUUCUACUUCUGCUUCUGCUGUUGCGUCAACCUCCCUCUUUCCUUCGACUUUCGUCGGGAACGGCGAUGCUCGAACUGCGCAGCUCCCGGGACGACUACCGCUCGAGUGUCGGGGGAGGAGAAGAGGCGUCCCGCAGACUCCUCGUCGUUCGCUUGUCGUCGUAGCCGUCGACAGCAGCGAGGACGAGCAGACGAGGCCGGACGUUUAUUCGCGCCGCAUCUGAGCGUUAUUCUGAACCUCCACACACCUUUCGCGCUGCCCUCGCAGUCUUUCUCGGAGUCUCCCUCCUGUGUCGGCCUCAGUUGAUUCGCCGCCUCUCCAAAGUCCACUUCUGCUUCCUAAGUACUCUUUUCUUUCGGCGCGUUCCGUGUAGGCCCCUUAUGUCACAGAACCAGACUCGGUGAGUCGGCCACUACAGCAGACGGCCGUCUGUUCUCUCCGUCAACCUUGUCGGAUCCGUCUGUUUUCUCUGAAACUGCGCGCUAUAUGGAAAUAUACGAGCCAUUCACUAGUUGGCUCUGUCAGUUCCUUUCAGAAACGUCGUUGGACUCGUCUGUUCCGUUUCUCGGGGAGGAAUAAGCCUGCGUAAAACACGAAUCCCCUGGAAUUUGACGAGUCAUUCACUAAGUGGCUCCAUCUCCUUUACUCCGCAGCGUUGUUGGUGACGCAGACAGUGACGGCGGCGUCAACGCAGGCAGUGCUCGAUACAGUGCGGGAGUAAUUUCCUUGGAAGUGUUCCCAGUCUGCCGCAGAACGCACCGCGCGUUCGCGACAACUAGUUGUAAUAUUCGACGACCUCUAUAGAAGUGACCGAACAAGAAGUUUUCUGCCACGUCGUCGUCGUACUUGGACUCCACUUUAACAGAUUGCUACUAAAGAAUUCAUGGUUGCGAAACCUCCCGACCUACUUCUACGUCACCAAGGUUAAAGACAAGAAGGAAAAAGAAAAAGAACAGUCGCUUGUCACCUCGUCGUUUCUUAAAUUAUGAACAUGGCCUAGUUUUCAGCCAAGCGGGCCCGGAGAAAAGUUGAUCUAAUGGGAUACGUUCGUUCUUGUAACUGCAACGUCGUUAGAGUUUCCAAAAGCCUUUGCGCUGAAUUUUACACUGAGUGAGAAAUAGGUUCACAAACCUAGCCGGAGUCUGGGUAAUAUCGAAUUGUUCGUAAUAUCGAAUCCACACCGAGUCCGCAACAUUUCGCAACAAAGCUAUAUAGUUUUGAACGCGCAUCGAUUGGCGAGGCACUUGUCACUCCGUUGGCUCGGUAACAUUUUUUUUUCUCAAACAAACAUUUGUGCAAAAACGCGGUCCGGUUCUAUCAAGCUGUCAGUCUACGACAAAACAAUUCUGUGUUUCUUUUAUUUCUUAUUCUUCUUGUUCCCGAAAGUUGUAAACUCGCGCUACCGUGGCCAAAAUCCUACAAGGGACGAUUCCUUGGAGGCGGUGGUAAUCUUAGCAAAGAAGUCGCGAAAGCUUUGGCUUAAGUGAACUGCUAGGGUCUGUGCGACGUCUUGGGCAAUUGCAAAGAAACGAGAACUAGAAAGUUCUGGCUUGAAAGUUUAAUGCACUUCGUGUGUUAGUUUUUUUGCUUCUGCCUCUUUGCGGAGGAAGAGACAAAAAGAAAAACGUCCAAUACGGUUGUUGUAUUUUCUCUGCCUUGUACUUUGACAUCCUGUUUCUUUCUUUCUCGCUUCUUUUACUGACGAGCGAAGACUUUUUUCUUCGGCUGUUUCUACGUCUACAUCUCGAUGUAAAGUAACUACAAUAUCUUGACAUCUGUUAUUGAACAGUAAUAAAUCUGGAACGCCUUGUCAGGACAGGAAACCGCUGAUAGUUUGCCAACCUAUCUAUUGCAGUGUUGCUUUUACACGCAUCCAAUAAUUUCUUAACUUGAAACCUCAUCGAUUUCCCCACGCUUUGUCCGGUGGCAGGAGUUAAAUUUUGAACACCUCGCAGGCCGCUCUAUCGUCUUAUGUUUAUAAAUAACGUCAUUGUCGCGGCCGCUAGCUCGGCAAUGCUUGAAUGACAGUCUCUAAAGAAGCUGUCCAGAAGCCUAAGCGAAGACGUCAGCUCAACUUGAGAAAAACGUGUCACAACUACGACACGAUUCCGUUGAGUCUUGCUCUUUGUGUGAUAGCUUGCUCGAAAUCGGGCAGGCUUGCGAGAAACUUUUGAGCACGACGUUUCCAGAAGCAACAUUUCAUGCGCCCGCCCAAACGCAGCGUCGAUCCCGUUGUAGUACAAAGAGGGACGGAACGCGCAGACAAAAAAGUUAUUUUCAAUGAAUUGCCGUAUUUUUUUUUCCCGUUCAAUCCAACAAUAGCCGCAGCCAACCGCAGCCCACAACAAAGACGAGUAUAGCGCGCGCGAACGCUCGGGCGACGUAAAAAAAAAAGAACAAAGAAAGAGAUCCAACAGCGCUAAGCCUUUCUGACGAGGGGAGUAGCACGUCUUCGUUGUUUUCCGGCGUGUCUCGGCGAACCAUCGACUAAGCCGAGCGGACGCAAUGGCGUGACAAACGACGCGACGCCGCCUAUCGGUCGUAGACAGCCGCAGCAGCUAGCGUUGGCUGGGGUGAGCGAAGGGAUUCGUUCCUUUUCUGUGGAUGUCACAGGCCGUUCGCUUCUGCGUUUGUCGUCGAGCCGGGACAGUUUUUGUGUCGGGAGCGGAAAACGAUUACUCGCCGGCGUAGCGGUCGCAAUCUGGCAUCGCGAUGCUGCCGCCACUCUGAAAACGGCGUGGAGAGGGGGGAUCCAGUGUCGCAGGGAGAGAGGAGCGACUCGUUGCGUCGGAAUCCUCCUCCGACGACGAUGACCCGACCAUGUGUUGCAGCCGAUGGCAUCUCGAUCGGUCCUUCGCUCGAGUCAAGGCAGGGAGACGUCCCCGUAUAACCCAGGUGUCAGACAAAGCUGUUGACUUUUGCAGGUCGUCGGCAUUCGGAACGUCCCACACAUAUCGGACUCGUCUUCUAUUGGCUUCGUUACCGAUCCUCGUUUAAGACGCAGCUAGUUAUACGUAUCUUUUCUUUCUUUCCUCCCUUGCAAGGUGAUGGCAAGUCUUGCUGCAAAUUGCCAAGAAAGACGGAACGCUUAGAAGUUGACGGGUUCUGUUCCUCUUAUACCCGAAACCUUGAGGCUUGAGCGUUGGGUAUUCCAGUGCUACCUAGACCACAACCACCUACGCCGAACCGGCAGUUAGUCGUACGUCAUCGUCAUAUCUUUUUCCUUGGCAACAAAAUCGUCUCACUCCAAUUCGACUGUUUCCAAGGUGGCGUUGUUUUCGGCGGCAUGCCAUCUUCUUUUUCGAUCGGAACGGUCUGACACCGGGGUAAAAUCGACGUUCGCGGUCGACCUUUCAUGUUAUUUUCCGUGACCGCGGCUUUCAGUUUUGUGGUGAUUUAGUCCUAUUUUUAUUUAUGCAUGUUGGGAAGUGCAGAAGACACGAUUUAUAGGAAACAUACCCGAGAGAUUUCUUUGCUAACGACGAAGGAGCAUACCAGUACGGUGACCCGUUUGUGAGGCGCUUGGAAACAUUGCAGAACACUCCGCUUCUUUCGAACUAUCGUGUCAGCUUUGGAUUUGAAGAUUCGCACUCUCUUGCGAGGUUUGACAAAAAGCAAGGCAGUCCUAGAGAUGCGAAAGGAACACGAAAACAGAGAUCUACUAAUCAUCGAUAAGCCUCGAUGUAGGAAAGAGCAGACAGUGUGACUCACCUUCGCAACUGAUAAACCCGUGAAGACGUCUCGUCGCCGAGGAGGCGCCAAUUCUCCUAGCCAAGGAGACGUUGCCUGCCGUCAGAGUGAUGAGAAAACAGCUCUACGCGUGCACAGUGCUCGCGAUCGUGUGCCACCGGGAGUGUCACUGGUGGGGUUCAAGAUCUUUGGGCGCGCAUCGGUGCAUCGGAACACCGACGUCACGUCUAAUACGGUGGCGGCACCUAGUGGUCUCGGAAUCGACGAGUGAGGUUUGACGUCUACGCGGAAGUCACCACCCUCCCUCCAAAAAAAAGGUGUUGUUUCUCCCAGUGAGUGUGCCGGUGUGUCGUGCGAGUGUGCGCGUGCCGACGAAUUCAAGCCUUCGAUGUGAUGGUGCGGUGAUUGGUGCGCGUGGUGUUGACGGUGGUACCGAGUGAACGGUGACGGUACCAUCCGGGUGUUUGUUGAACCCUGACGUCGCGUGGAUAGCCGCACGCUUCUGGCCUAUAGGUCGAACUCGAAAAGGAAGAGGUACGAUUCCGAGAAGAUCGAAAUCGAGUCGCAACAGGUGUAGAAGAGCUCCGGCAAAAAGCAAAUACUGGAGCCAGAAAAAAAAAAACGUGAUUCCAGACCGUAAAACUGCAUAGUGUGCGACGACGGAGAGCUAAGAGCAGAAAGAAAAAUUCUGCAAGCGUCGGUAACGGCAGUUCCUGGAAAUGUUGAUGAAGUCCUAUCAUAGCUUACUGACACUGCGUUAAAGGCUGUUCGGUGAUACCUCUACGCCGGACACCGGAAGGUUGUAGCACAGGCUUGUCGAACUCUCGUCAAAGUUUAACGAAGGGUCCUCCACGGGAUUUUAAAGAGGGUAGAAUAAGUGAAGCACUUUCUAAGAAGCUUGAAUAAGGAUCUGCAAAAAAAGGUCGAAAGAAAACGCACGUUUUAGGCUAGGCAGGAGUCGCAUAAGUUCUGGCAGGUUCCGCUACAGGAGCUAGAGAGGUAUACAAGAUUAAGGAAAGGCCAGGUCCAGGUUAAAACGCGAUCAGUAAUAAAGCCAUGUCAAAAGAGCAGUAGCGUAUAUCCCCAGGAGCGGCUCGGUUCCUAGUACCAGAUAGGUCCAGGAAAGGCAGACCAUAGUGAAAGCAUAAACAAGAGAGAGGCUCGGUGGGCGUGUGGUCCAGAGAAGAGUCAGCCCUAAGAGCCAGAUAGGUCGACGAAAGGUGCGAGAUCGGAGUAACGGUACAGUCAACGUCGCAGUUGGGAGAAUCCCUGGGAGGCAUUCGCAGUCAGACAGGUCCAGGAAAAGGGUGCAAGGCUUAGGGCCAAGCGAGACAGUGACGGAAAGGUCCUCCGCACGCGAUCCGGUCGGCAGACGAGCACUCAACCCGGGCCAGCGACUUCGCUGAGACGGCAGGUCGGGCGCGGCGCUCGAAGCAGGGACGACGACCCCGGGGGGAGGACGUCGGCGCGAGUCCCUCGGGGCGUGGCCAAUGUCCGACGAGGACGAAGAGGAAGAGAGCGUCGCCGGAGAUCUGGGGCCAGCCUACCUGACCAUGGGCGUGACGGCGUCCGUGCUCAGGGCCUACCACCGGAUCGCCAGGAUGCUGCGCAAGGCGUGGACGGACAUGCGCUUCGCCGACGACCCCGUGGAGGAGGUGGAGGUAGCGGCGGUGCGGUGCCAGCCCGAGCGCAUCGAGGACCUCUGCAGGGCCACCAAGUUCUCGCGACAGGAGCUCAAGUUCAUGUACCAGGGAUUCAAGCAGGUCUGUCCCACUGGCGUGGUACACGAGAACACCUUCAAGGAAAUCUACGCACAGUUCUUCCCACACGGAGAUGUUAGCCAGUAUGCGCAUUACUUGUUCCAGGCGUUCGACCAGGACCACAACGGGACAAUAACCUUCCAGGACUUCGUGGUGGGCCUGUCGGCGCUUUCGCGUGGAGCGCCCGUGGACAAGCUGCGGUGGGCGUUCCAGCUGUACGACCUGAACGGCGACGGCAUCAUCUCGCGCGACGAGAUGACGGACAUCAUCGUCUCCAUCCACAGCCUCGUGGGCGCCCCCCACCACGCCCACCCCUCGUCAAGCACGGGGGGCGGGGCCUCCUCUGCGGGGGCAGGAAGCGGAGGGCCAGACGAUGACGAUCCGGACUCCGUCAGGGACCACGCCAACAGGGUCUUCCAGAAAUUGGACCUGAAUCAAGACGGAGUCGUGACCAUCGACGAGUUCAUCGAAACUUGCUUAAAGGACGAGAACGUGAUGAAGUCACUGGCCAUCCUCGACACGGUGCUAUGAGAGUGCCAGAUACUGUAGGCCGUUUUUACAUGGUGGAACCUGAAAUGGCGGUGGGUGCGCGGGCACUUUGCGCGCGCCCCGAGCGACCAAGUCAGGGUGGCCGAAGCUGGCAACGUCACAACAACAGCAACCGACGUCGUCGACGCAGAAUACUUCGCCUCAGUUCUCGUCGUAGCAAGCCGGCGGCCUGUCGGUCCCGCGUCGCAACACCUCGACGGCGCUCUGGCUCGGCGCGCCAACUACAUGGCAGCGCCUCACGUGGAGCUAGGCUUCAUGCGCAAGUCCGGCGCUGCGUUCGAACAUGCGCGCGCUUGCUUCUUGGAGGGCACAAUCAUCCACGCAUUGACGGGCGGAGGCUUGACAGCGAGCGCUUAGACGCCAUCGCUCUUGCUCGAGAGGCUUACUGUGAAGACCGAACCGCAUGGAACGUCUCUUUGACGCGCCAGUCGGGCGUUUAGAGAGGCGAGGACAUGAGUGGUACAGGAGGCAGGACAGCUAUAGCAUAGCGCCAUACGUAGAAUGCGUACUGGGAAAGCCCAAUUUUAAUGCUUUUCUUUUUCUUUUUUUUUUUUGGAUGGGCACUAUUCAAGGGCUGCGGUUGAGGCCAGUUGGAGGCGUUAUAUCGUAGCACCAGUCGAAACAUUAUCGCCGUAGGGCAUUUUACUGGUAAGCAUUUGUUAACACUUCGUUACCAGCUGCGUAUUUAACCGCGUCACCACAGUAUCUAAAAUGAGCAGUCGCUAUUUGGGGCAUUGCGAAGUAUGUCAUUUGCCCCGGGUCAUUAGCGCUUUGCUUUCUCCUAGAAAACAGCGGUUUGAUUGGAACAGAGGGGAAAACUAGAAAGGCUGUAAAUUAAACCCGGUUGGCUCUGUAGUAUCCAGUAAUAAACGCGCUAUUUUGAGCACAGAACGAAACAGUAGCAGCGUUGUAACACUUCGUUUGAUCGCUAGUUGUUAGCACUUUGUUACCACGUGUCUCCUAUAGAUACAUUGCCGUACUACCUGGUAUAAGCAGUCGUCACAACGUGAUCUGUGUGUUGUGCCUCGCGUUCCACAUUGUUGCUGUUGCGUUUUGUGCAAAAAAAAAAAAAGGAACAGCGCGUUCAAUGCAUAAGGUGUAGAAAACAGUGCCUGUGGCCUCGUAAUGCGACGCAUGGCAGCAAAAGCUGGCUCAUAUUGCUGUAGGCGCUGAUUAAACCAAGCGGCAAUGUAAGUGUCCAGUUUCUCGCGAUAAGCUUAAGCAAGCUCUUGAACACGUGCUUACGAUACAGCGCAAAAAAAAGAGGGGGAAAAAGGAAAAAGACAUCGUUCACGCUAAAUUUCGCAGUCUAAAGCACGCAAUGAGCUUUCCUUUUCGUAACGGCACACGUUACUCGUUAGAUGAUGGAGUAAAAGAAACUCAGCUCUUUCUCUUUUAGCUCUAAUUACAAUGCCUUUACGAAAUGAUUCUCUCUCGACCGCCGCGGCAAUACACGGUAAGCUGAAGCUGAACUGUAAUGGCAGGGCGACCGUGGCGCCGUUAUUACAAGCGCCAUAAAUCUGCGCAUCGUAAUUACAAGUACCUGGUCGUUGCGUAGUAAACUUUAAAUGAAGAACGGCGAGUCAAAGAAAGAUGCCAUUUGCGCGAUAUUAACGUGCCCCAGUGGAUUGCUAUCGACUACGAGGCACUUCGCAAUCUUCGUUUUCGAAACUACUAGAACGGACACGGGUUUGACGGUGUAAGCUUCGUUAAAUGACUUUUUCUUCUAUAUUCGAGCUCUGAAAAAUGAACUUCCCUUAUGUUUAUCACGCCUUACUCAUGCGUCU